UAGGGUUCUUGGAUGGACGAGCACAAGAAUGCCGAGGGGCUGGUUCGCGAAUUCCUCCUGUUUCGUGGAUUCACGCAGACGAUUCGCGCGUUCGAGGCGGAUCUCGCGGCGGAUGUGACGCAGGGCUACCAGGUCGAGAAGACAAUGCAGCUCGUGUUUGAUGUCUAUAUUCCGAGGUACCAGAUCGAGAAGCUCGCCGAGCUCAUGGAUUUCUUGAGCUUGUCGCUGUUUGCGCCGGGCGAUUCGCAUUGCCAAGCCACUGCGAGGAAGCUCCACACUGGAUUGAAGAGAUUCUACUUGGUUCAUGCGCUGCAAAAGGGGCGAAUGGAUCGUGUGCUGGAUUUCUUCAAGCAGUAUGGGGGCAAUCUCUUGAACGAAGGAGACGAUUGGCAAGCGUGGUUUGCUCUUCCUUACGUGAAAGAUCCAAGCUCCGACCCUCAGUUCCAAGUUUAUUUCUCCAAAGACUGGCUGGAGACUUUGAUGGUCUCGUUUCGCAAUUUUCUCUGCCAGUUUUUCGACGGUAUUCGAUUUCCUGCAUUGCUAAAGCUCAUCUCUAAGCGCUCGAACUAUAGAGAGAUCAAGCAGCAGUUGACUCAAAGUCGAGAGAAAUGCAGUUCUCUUGAAGCCGAGCUACAGGGAAAAGAGGAAGAGAUCAUAAUGCUUAAAGCAGCUCUGAAGAAUCAACUUACGACGUCGAUGGAGUCUAGUAGAUUGACCGACGGAGAUAUUGACAUCUCUUCAGUCGAGAAAACAUCGGACUUGGCUAACUCAUCAGAACUGUCCACAUCUCGGGAAUCUGGAUCUGUAGCCUUCGAACCUCUUACUGCUGAGAACGUGUUUUUACUUGAAGAUUUUACGGAAGUUACUGUCCGAUCUCAGGAAAGCUUCUCAGGCCAUACUAGUCCAAUAACCAGGUGUCGUUUUUCUCCAACGGGAUCCAAUAUUGCCAGUGCAUCAGUUGAUGGGACUGUCAGAAUAUGGACGUAUGAUUCGAGUGUUUCAACGUCGCGAAAUGCAACCAUCUACUGUGGUGCUGAAAUAAUGUCUCUGGAUUGGGAGCAUAAAUCGGGUCGUCUGCUGUUGCUUGGAACUUCAGAAGCUGGUAUCAAAGCUUGGAAUGUCGAUGCUAAGCGGGUUGUCUGUGAUCUUUCUUCAAACCAGGCUUUUCCAAGAGUUCUGGAUAUAAAGUGUAGUCCUACAGACCCGUUUUUCGUUUCCGCUGAAUGCACAAAUGCAGAUAAACUUGGACGUCGAUUUGGUUCUUUAUCAGUCUGGAACAUGAAGAACUGGAAGGCUUGGAAUUUGCUCCCACUUGGUGAAGAUCCACCAGUUGUGACCUCCAUUUGCUUCAACCACAACGGAAAAAUGGUAGCCGCUGCAGGAGAUGACGGAGUGAUCCGGCUCUUUGAUAUGAAUGGAUAUCUUCCAAUCACUGGCUGGCCAGCUCACGAUGGUUGUGCUAUAAACUGUGUCAGAUUUGGUACCAACCAGACUAGCAUCUUCACGAUGGGGUCAGAUGGCAAGGUGUUCGAAUGGAGUUUGCAUAAUCAAGGCCAAGUUCUUCAAUCAUACGAUGCAAGCAAGUUCACGAGUGCGGAUGGCUUAAAGUUGCCGCGGCACGAAAUGGCUCUGGCUUCUCAUGGGAACAGCUUGCUGCUGACUUCAAACAAUCUAUACGCACCUUUGAUCAAUUUUGGCAGAGGGAGGCCAAAAGCUUUAAAAAGCCUAGAACACAAGGGUCCAGUAACCUCAGUAGACUGGCACCCCCAUCUCGACACAUAUGUUACAGGAUCUGUGGAUCACUCCAUUCAUGUGACCUCUAUUGGAUAAGUCAGAGGAGAAGUUGUUUUGUGUUACUGGAUAAGGAACCUGGCAAUUGUGAUGCUGAGAUGUUCCGCCGAGUGGGACCACGCGGAGCUAAACUACAAACGGGAACAGAUUCCUGAUCGUGGUACAUGGCUGCUUUUUUUUCUUUAUGGUUUCCCUUUAACCCUUUUGCGUCGUCGAAUAAAACGCUGAUUGCCUGGUC